GGGCCGUGCUGCUGGUGGUGGGCGGCUUGAGCAGCUCGUUGCUGGGGGCGCUGAGCAUCGUGUGGACGCCCUUCGACCUCUUCAUGCAGGAGAGAUUAAAGAUGCGACCGGGCCUCCCUGCGUAUGACUGGUGGGUGACUCCUCCGCCUGUAUUGACGAGUUUGUACAUCUUCAAUGUUACCAACAGCCAUCAGUUCCUGAGCGGAGAAGAUGACAUGCUGCAGCUCCAAGAGAUAGGUCCCGUUGUCUACCUGGAGCUCUUGAUUCACAAAAAUGUGACCUUUCAUCCCAACGGCACCUUGACGUACGUAGGGCACAGGGAACUUGUGUUCCAGCCGAACCUCACCAAAGUGGACAUCAAUGCAUCGCUGGUGGUGCCUAACCUGAGCGUCUUGAUCGGGCUGUCGGUGCUGCUGCGGCGGCUGCACUCGGAACCCUUCUCGCACAUUACCGUCUACGACUACCUGUGGAACUACAAGGACCCGCUGCUGCAGGUGGCGCGCAACCUGGCGCCCUUUCUCGUGCCCUUCAACAACAUCGGCGUCCUCCAA